CCCUCUUCUUCAUUUCAGUGCGAGGGCCCGAUUGUGUCUCCCUGCUCGCUCGUUGCCUCGCCUCGAUUGUGCUCAAUCAUCGCCUGUUUUGAUUGUGUCCUCAGAUUGCCUAGCAGCAAGAGCUGCAGAACGAGCUAUUAUGGACAGUACGUCGUCUGACCAACACCACCACCACCACAAGAAGAAGAAGAAAUCGGCGUCGAAAGUAGUGGAGCAGGAUGUGAGGAUGGACUAUGUGCCUUCGAAGGAGGGCCGGGCGCGCCCUUUCGUAGCCUACUUCCCCACGGGGUUCGAUCCCCUCGGGGAGGCUGAUCACGGCGAUGCUGCUGCUGCGUUGUCGAGCGUCAAGGUGUACCAAGGUGUGGACAAGCUGAAGGCGAAGCAGACGCAAUUGGUGGCGUCGACGCACGGGCAGGUGGAUUUUGUUGGGUUGAACUACGCCGGCGAAGCGGCUGCUUGGCAGCCCUGUAGUUACGCACUGGGCGUUUACGAUAAGGAGAAAGGUACCUUGCAGCUGGUUCCUCUUGCUGGAGAAAAGAUUCUCAGAAUGGAGCCAAGAGUUAGGGGCAUGAGUUAUGAAUGGACGGAUGAAGAAGAGCGUGUGGAAGAUACAAGGGAACAGAGUUUAUUGAAGCGGAGAAUGUUAGUUGAAACAUUUGGCAGCCAGAAGAGUAAAAUGCGGGCACAACGGAUGGAGAGAGGAAUUGUAAAGGAGGAUGCACUAGGAGACACCGAAGAUAUGGAGUCCCUUUUCCAGGAAGCGGGUGAAAACGAAGCCCUUCUUACCAAUGAGCAAGCUCUGCAACAAGCUAACUUAUCUGUUGUUCGCAACGUUCCGCCUCAUGAUGUUUCUGCAAAUACGCCCGAAGGGGCUUACCCUCUUGAUAAGCUCAUUCCGGCUGAAGAAUGGGAGAAUUUGGAUACCCGUGAGUUGAAGACAGCAGCCAAGAAGGCCAAAGAUGAAGAACUACUUCGUCAGCAAAAGUAUCCCAACUUCGUGCUCAGUCGUCUAAGAAGGAUCAGGGUUGAGGGAGACAAAGAAGGUAAUGAUCGGCGAGCUAAAAUAUUGGUGUAUUUGAGACAUCUGUUUACCUUUCAUGCAACUCCUCACUACGCUGUGAGGAAGGCGGCUUCAGAUCCUGGAAGGUUUUCACAAGAAACAGGCAUACCUGGUAUAAUUGUUUCAAGUUUCUUGGAACGAUUUGCGGGCGAGAGCACAACGGAUUCUCUCAACAAAUCUGAAAUUCGCAUUCAGUCCAAGCAGCAUAAAGAUCUUCUCACAAGCUACUGUCUAAUCUUAGGAUUGGCCGUCGACGAUUUUCAGGCUGACCCGUAUGAUAUGGCACUUGAGUUAAAGCAAACUGUGAACACCAUACGGCCUUAUUAUCGUGAGCUUGGGUGCAAGUUUGAGGCUCGAUCUAUCAAUGAACGGAGGGAGCUGGGGGAUCCUGACAGUGCACAGGGCAAGUGGAGGGUUACUCUGCCUGUACCACUUAAGUUUCCUGAAAUUGUCACUGCCAAGGGCAAGGGACCCAGAAGGUGAUCUACGUAGAAUAUCCAACACGAAGGCUUUAGUUAGCUGAGGACAUUGAUCUUUUUCUUCGACAGUGGGAGACAGUGGUUGAGAAAUAUCCUAGACUUCAAUCAUAUGCUGAAAAUUAAUUACUUGCGUCAGCUUUUCUGAUGCUAUGACGGUUAACCUUGUCUUCUGAUUUUAGGGACCGUUCUUCUAAAUCAUCACUCUUAAUUUUAGAAGCUUGUCGCCACAAUCAAUCCACUGGUAAA